CCCUUUCCUCCGGCGGCGCCGGCGGCCGCAGAACUUCCGGGUCGGCGCGGAGGCGGGGCGGAGGUGCCGCGGCGGCUGUUAUUGUUCGGCUGGGCUCGGUCGGGCGCUGUCUCCCUCGGCUCUGCGGGUGUCAGUUCGUCUGGCUUCCUCACAGCCCCUCACUCCCGGCGGCUGACAGCAGCAGCGGCGGCGGCGGGCGGCGCCUGGUGUUUCGAGGCUGAGCGGCACCGGGGUUAGGGACGCGGAGGAGGAGCAGUAGCGGGAGGAGGAGCCGUGUGCCCUGGCACUGAGCGGCCGCGGCCAUGGCGUACGCCUAUCUCUUCAAGUACAUCAUAAUCGGCGACACAGGUGUUGGUAAAUCAUGCUUAUUGCUACAGUUUACAGACAAGAGGUUUCAGCCAGUGCAUGACCUUACUAUUGGUGUAGAGUUCGGUGCUCGAAUGAUAACUAUUGAUGGGAAACAGAUAAAACUUCAGAUAUGGGAUACGGCAGGGCAAGAAUCCUUUCGUUCCAUCACAAGGUCGUAUUACAGAGGUGCAGCAGGAGCUUUACUAGUUUACGAUAUUACACGGAGAGAUACAUUCAACCACUUGACAACCUGGUUAGAAGAUGCCCGCCAGCAUUCCAAUUCCAACAUGGUCAUUAUGCUUAUUGGAAAUAAAAGUGAUUUAGAAUCUAGAAGAGAAGUAAAAAAAGAAGAAGGUGAAGCUUUUGCACGAGAACAUGGACUCAUCUUCAUGGAAACGUCUGCUAAGACUGCUUCCAAUGUAGAAGAGGCAUUUAUUAAUACAGCAAAAGAAAUUUAUGAAAAAAUUCAAGAAGGAGUCUUUGACAUUAAUAAUGAGGCAAAUGGCAUUAAAAUUGGCCCUCAGCAUGCUGCUACUAAUGCAACACAUGCAGGCAAUCAGGGAGGACAGCAGGCUGGGGGUGGCUGCUGUUGAGUCUGUUUUUACUGUCUAGCUGACCAACGGGGCCUACUCACUUAUUCUUUCACCCCCUCUCCUCCUGCUCAGCUGAGACAUGAAACUAUUUGAGAUGGCUUUAUGUCACAGAAGACUUUAAUCCUUCAAAUUCUUGUAUAACUUUGAAUAAAUGGUUAAUGUUCACUUAAAAGACAGAUUUUGGAGAUUGUAUUCAUAUCUAUUUGCAUUUGAUUUCUAGGUCAAUUGAUGUGAUUAUUUUUGUUAAAUGUUGUCUUGUGCCCUUAACUACGAACUGAAUUGUAUUAAACACUACAAAGUCAUCUUGAGUAUUUUAAAUCGGUUUGUGUAGUUAGGUUUCCCAACAUCUGUGGUUACCUAAUGUUUAAUAUUAUAGAACUGUCCUCAGAAACUUUGUCAAUUUUCAAGGCUAUAAGGAAACAGAAGGACUCUUUUAAUUCUGUAUUUAUCAUUUACUUUCUGUAUAUAUAGUUUAAUAACCUGCUUGGGUGUAAUUUGCCAAGCUUGAAUUCUUUAAUGCAUUUGCAUAAAUUCUCUACUGUUUAGAGCUUAAAGCUACAGAAGCAUUGUUAGGAAUUGCUUGGACACUGAAUUUUAAACUUUUUGACAUUGUUAACAAGCAUGUUCAUCUUUUCUUGUCACUAGUCCAAGAAAAAUAUGCUUAAUGUAUAUUACUAAAGGCUUUGUAUAUGUUAACCUGUUUUAAUGCCAAAAGUUUGCUUUGUCCACAAUUUCCUUAAGACCUCUUCAGAAAAGGAUUUGUUUGCCUUAAUGAAUACUGUUGGGAAAAAACACAGUAUAAUGAGUGAAAAGGGCAGAAGCAAGAAAUUCCUACAUCUUAGCGACUCCAAGAAGAAUGAGUAUCCACAUUUAGACAGCACAUUAUGAGGACUUUAAUCUUUCCUUAAACACAAUAAUGUUUUUUCUUUUAUUCACAUGAUUUCUAAGUAUAUUUUUCAUGCAGGACAGUUUUUCAACCUUGAUGUACAGUGACUGUGUAAAAUUUUUCUUUCAGUGGCAACCUCUAUAAUCUUUAAAAUAUGGUAAGCAUCUUGUCUGUUUUGAAGGGGAUAUGACAAUAAAUCUAUCAGAUGGAAAAUCCUGUUACAAAGUAGAAAAGCUUUAGUAAUUUACUCAGUGUGGUGGUUUUAUCCUUUUUUUCUUUUUCUCCCUUGGUCUAUAAUGAAAUGUUACAGCAGUGCAAAAUAAAAUCCUAUGUAUAAAA